CGUUCAGUCGAACGCAACAUUCUUCGAAAAACUCGCAACCGCAGCAAACGCGAAAAGUGGCGCUCGUGGCCAUCGGUGUUUGUCCGCUGUUUUUCAACACAAAAUCGUAACACACACACAAGUCCCCGGUAGCAAGCACCGUACAGCGCAACUAAAGUGUGUCGAUGCAGCUUUGGUUUAUUACACGGUGAAGCAUUAAUUUCUGUGUGAAUUUUACGUGAAGUGUAAUUUGGAAGCUUUUUGCCAACCAGAUAAAAGGCAAUUAACAGGAAAAAAAUUGAGUUGAAAAAAACACCAAGUGAAGUGAAAGAAGAAAGGUGGAGCGCAGUGCAAGAUCCAGAUCCAGUAGACAGAAACUAAACACCUCAGAGAGAAGCAGUGUUGAGCGGUGGCGUGGAAGCGGUCUAGACCUUGGGCCGUACGGAAACGCACACGCAGUGUGAUCGCAUGACGGUGUUGUGUUGUGUGCACAUAGAGGCAACAUAUAACCGACCGUGACCGUGGUGAAGGAAACGCAUCCGUGAGCGAGUGCAAAAAGUGCACCGCAGCGAACAAGUGCAACCAACUGCAUACGUGUGGUUAGAGAAGAAGCAGAAGUAGUAGUACAAGAGUGAGAGAUAAGAAGAAGUGAAGUGUGGUGUUGCUGUGAGAAGAUUAAACAGAAAAGAAAGCGGCACAGAAAGGGCAGAAAAGUAGAGCACCCUUUUGUACGAUAUAUCGGCAUUGCAUUUAUAACACUUACGACGACGACGACAACGCGGGUGUUUGUGCGCUGUGUUGGUGUAGAUUGGGCAGGUGUAGUGUAUUGCCGUUCAACAGAAGAAAAGCAGUAAUCAAUAAAAAAAAGAAGCUUCGGUGGGAGAGCAAAGUGCAUUAACGUGAAAAUCUAUUAGUUGUGGAGCAGUGUUUUAAGAAUUUAAGCUUUUAACAACACACGAAAAAGGUGAAAAGCUAACUUCCUACACAACAGUGAGCAGCAAGUGAGAAGUGCAGAAGUAAACUAAAUAGCAAACAAAACAAAAGUGCAUUCGGUGUCUGCAACAACAGUCGGUGCGAUAAUAGAACAGCGGAGAUCAAUCGAGAAGGAGUGCAGCGACAGUGCAGCGACUCCAGCAAAGUUUUCUUAUCUCGGCACUCGGAACGGAAGUGCUGCUGUUCAUCGGUUCCCCGAAAAGAAUGCACCAAAACUAGGCUCGAGCGAAAUUAUUAUGAUGGUGGCGGACUUUGUAACACGCCAGCAGAACGGUUCGCCGCUCAACGGUGAAAUACCCGGCCAGAAUCACAACUCCAAUUCCAACAUGCCUGCCCACAGUGCCUUACUGAUGAGCAACAACAGCAGCAACAGCAACAGCUCCGGCCGUGCCAGCCCGCACACAUCCUCCGAGUCGGAGUUCCCCCAGAACAGCUACGAGCUGGCGGCACACCUGAAGCGCAAGGAGCUGUUCUCGCAGCGCAAGCAGCGCGAGUUCAUCCCGGACAACAAGAAGGACGACAGCUACUGGGACCGGCGGCGGCGCAACAACGAGGCAGCGAAGCGAUCCCGCGAGAAGCGUCGCUUCAACGACAUGGUCCUGGAGCAGCGCGUCGUCGAGCUGACGAAGGAAAACCACGUGCUGAAGGCACAGCUCGAUGCGAUCAAGAGCAAGUACAACAUCUGCGGCGAGAACUUGGUCAGCGUCGAUCAGAUCAUGGCCACGCUGCCCACCAACGAGCAGGUGCUGAGCUCGACCAAGCGCGUCAAGCUGGCGAACGGUCAGGCACGGUCCAGCUCGCCGACCGGCUCCAUGAUCGGGUUCCCGCUGUCGCGCAGCCCUUCGCGCCAACCGCAGGCUACCUCUCCCUCGCAAUCGCACGGCCGCGCCUCGUCACCACACAGCCCACCGGCCGCCAAUGGCACGCCCCAUCUGCAGCAGACGCUGCUGGCCGUCGUCCAGGGCUCGCCAACGACUACUACGACGACGCCAUCGGCGGCCGCGGCGUCCCAGCUGCCUUCGUCCCAGCAAGCUCCGGUCAUCCAUCCCAACCCGAACGUGGAAUCUCCACCGCCAGCGGCCGCCGGCUCGUCGCCCACCGUGUCCUCGGGCGGUGCGAUCCAGCACACGAACGGUGGACCCGCGUACCUGUCCCCAGUUCAUGCCAUCUACCACCGCAACAGCACGAUCAUCGAGUACGAGCGAGCCUCGGAGGGCGGCAAACUGUCGUCGGCUGAAGGAAGCAGUCGCAGCCCCUCCCAGAUCCGGCUAGAGCUGAUCGAACGCAACCUGGACGAUCAUCAUCACCUGCAGCAACAGCUUGCCCAGCAACAGCAGCAGCAGCAGCAGCAGCAGCAGCAACAACAGCAGCACCAUCAUCAGCAGCAGUUGGCAUCCUCCUCCCAGCACCCUCUUCACCACUACAGCCAUCAUCCGCGGGAGGCGAUGCGGGAGUCGGUGAUUGAUCAUCACCAUCCGCAUCAUCCUCACCAUCCCCAGCACCAUCAGCAUCAGCCCCAGCAUCAACCUCAUCCGCAUCAGCAACACCUCCAGCAGCAGCAGCAGCAGCAGCAACAACAACAUCCUCACCAUCUCCACCAGCGAGUGUUGGUUUCCAACGGUGACCUGGACCGGGAUGAUCGCUCGCCGUCCCCGCUGACGCCCUCGGCCGCCCCGCGGUUCGGGUCCCCAACCACCACCACCAACUCCUCCUCCUCGGCUCCGAUCUCAUCCACCACGCCGCCAACGAUCAUCUCGAGCACGAGUCCGGCCGGAUCGCCCCCGGCCCACGUCCCGGUGGCCCAUGCUCACUCGCACCACUACUCACAGCACCAUCAUCACCACCCGCACCAUCUGGCGGCGCACCACGUCCACCCGCCGCACUUUGUCGUGGGUGCCAGCUCGCCGUACGCCAGCUCAGCCCUUCCCGCCAGCGGCUACCCACUGACGGCGGCGGCCGCUGCCGUCGCUGCUUACGCGAACGGAGCCAGCGCGCUGUACGGAUCGCCCCCGCGCACUACCGAGAUCGCCAGUGCGCUGCUGACGGCGAACGUGCUCAAUCUGAGCCGCCGCGCUCCGUCCCCGUACGAUGCCAGCCCGGCGCAGACGGCCUCCUCGACGGCCAGCGCCGGUAGCACCUCGGGCGGCGAGGAGGAACCCGACCGGGAGCGAGAAAUCCACGAGCACGCCAACAGUCUGCCGGUGAAGCUGCGGCACAAGUCCCACCUGGGCGAUAAGGAUGCGGCCACCGCACUGCUAGCCCUGCAGAACAUCAAACAGGAACCGAUCGGCCACCGGUCGAGCUCACCGGCCUGGGACGACGGGGACGGCUCGUCGGACGAGCGCGACUCCGGCAUCUCCACGAACGAGUGGCCGACCAAGGCGGAGCAGAAGAUGAUGGUACCGCUGCCGGGCUCGCCUCCAUCGGCGGCCAGCUCCAGCAGCAGCGCUGCGAGCGGCGGUGCCAUCGUCAGCACUGCGGCGAUGGUAGCGGCGGUCGCGAAGAUCACCUCCAUCCCGGCGUCGGUCGUGAUCAGCAAGAAGGCGGAAGAGAACAUCCAUCUGCAGUCGAAGCUGGCCCGGCUCGAGUCCGAGGUGGCCACCAUCAAGAACAUGAUGAUCUCGAACACGACCGGCAGCGGGUUCGGCGUAACCGCCGCCGCCCAGUAGCGCAAAUCGCGCCGGCACCGAAGACGACGGCUGCAACGAUGCUGACGUGUGACCCUAGUUCCUGUACAGAGAGAUAACUGGCGACGACGACAUUGAGAAGUUGUCGCUGAGAAACUAACCCUCCCAAGGGGGGUCGGUUCGUUUGUGGCAUUCCUAGCGCCCCAGGGCCCAGUGGAGAGAGCUGCGGAGAGAUCAUCAUCAUCAUCAUCGUGGUUCGAUCGAAGACGAAGCGGAUGAAGCGGAGAAACGGAUAAAAGAACGGCACGAGAAAGACGAGAGAAGAAGCACGCCAUUUAUGUUAGUGGGUUAGUUGAUCGGUUGGAAUUUCUCGGACGUGCGCGAGCGCUCAGCGCGAUCGGAUCGGCUCUUCCCAGCGUGGCAUGCCGCCGUGUACGCGUUGCGUGUUGGAGAAAGUUACCACCACACCACAGCCGUCCACAGUACGUUCGGUACGCUCGCAAAGAGAAAGGCGCAGCUAAGGCAACAAGCUCGUUCGGUGGCUUGCUGCUGCUCUGCGUAGGACGCUGGAGGAGAAAGCUCAACACAGCGGUUGGUUCGCUAUGUGUGUGUGUGUGUGUGUGUGUGUGCGUUCGGCCCCCUCCGAUUCAGUGCGGUGCUCGGUCCUUUCUUGUGCUCCACUGGACGAUGCGGCUUAGCCGCAAGUCAAGUGGAAAAUGGUGCUUUGGUUAGCCGUUUUUUACUCCCGCCUUCUUCCACUUCGCUGCUCCAGUCGCCGAAGAAAGUAGCGAUCUCUACGCACGCUCCCACAAGGGGCAGAAACAAAUAGCGAGAAUGCCGAGACCCUUCGAGACUCUUUACGCAUGAUUCGGCUGGCAGCUGGAAGUGUGUGGAUGUAUUUACUUUGGAAUUAUUUAGCCGGCUAUGCUGGCCUGUAAAUUAAAAUCAGAUCGCUGAUCGAAGCUUCUGUCGUAGAACAGAAAAGCGAAAAAGGGGUUUUCCCCCAUUUUGUAAAAAGAAAAGAACUAGAGCGAAAACAAAAUAAUAGUGUAUGACACUAAAAACAAGCAGAACUGUAAAUGUGAAAACCGAACUACAUCAAACAUAUUUAUAUCCACGGUAGGUAUAAGCGAAGCUGUGUAGCAAGAUAGCAGGAGAGAGAAAGAGAGAGAGAGAGAGAGAAAAAAGAAACAAACUAUAUAUAUCAAAUGAGCAUAUAAAGUGUAUUUUAAAUAUUAGUGUUAGCGAAGGGAGAGAGAGAGAGUAAGAAACCUACAAAAAAAAACAAACACAAAAAAAUGGUAACACAUAAACACUCAGUCCACGUAAGAUAUGUAAGUGCAGAAAGUGCUGACACGGUUCUACAAAGGGAAGCAACAAAAAAAAUCAGCAUCGAAGUGUGUCGAAGGCAGCAGCAGAUUCGAUGUUUUGUUUUAUGUUUUAUCUUCAGAGAAGAUGAUCCUAAGCGAAUGGGGGAAAAAAUAGAAGAAGGUAUAAAACCUAUACGAUUAAGUGUAGCAUGUAUAAAGGAAUGAGAUUUAUUGAUACAAUUUUAAGAACACCCUAUCAUAAAACCACCUGCAACUAUUAGUUCUGUUUACAACAUAAACACACAUAAACACAAUGAAGAAGAAAAGGAAAAACACAACACGAUACAACAGAAAAGAAACAAAAAAGCUAACAAAAAGAAACCGGAGGAGCAAACUUGUUCGGAAAAAAAUGUGAUAUCGUAGGUUUGGAACUAUUUUUACACACUAAAAAACGAAACACACAUACGUAUAAACAGACACAAACACAAGAGGGAGAGAAAGAGAGAGUAAGAUGAUGAAAAAACAAGAAAGUACACUCGCUACAGGUAUUACGCAGAAGGUGUGCGGAUCAGUAGCGGGUUUGAUGCCUACUCUGAUCUCGCCCUUCGAGCAACACCCUUGUUUUGAGGCGCGCAGAGUCGUUUGUAUUUUUACUUUGCUUUUAUUAUUACGUUUAACGUUUACUAUUAUCACUCCAAAUGACACUCUCUGUUUGUUUGCCGACAAGACUACUACUACUACUGUUACUCGGUGAUAUGUGUCGUAUGUGUCGUGUUAGAGUUUUUUUUCUCCUUGUUUGGUUUUUACAUUUACUACUUGCUAGUUUUGUUUUUACUAUUACUCUGUUAGAUAAUGGAGACGAUUAUUAUUAUUAUGAUUAUCAAUAUUACUAUUACUACUACUACUACUACAGUUAUCAUCAGUACGAUUAUACAGCUACAGCUAUUGAUUUGAUUAUUAUAUGUUUUCUAUUGAAAAACAAGUUUCACCACGUGAAAACGAAGUAUGUCAUUGAGAGCUAACUGCUACAGUUAGCUGCUAGUACACGUGCGCGACUAUUACUAUUGCAGUAAGAUUUUGUGUUUUUUUUCUUCGCUAGAGUAUAUGCAGUCUUUUUUUUAUACAAGUAUAUGUAAGAGCCUUAUUAUAAAAAGAAAAUUAGGAACAGUUUCUUUUCCCACUUUUUUUUUGUCUAAAAGUAUCUCCCCAGCUCCUUCCCUCUCCCCACUUCCAAUGCAGGUGAAGAUAACGGUUGGAAAAGAAUUGUUCUCUUUUUUAUUUAUUAUAUUUUUAUACACAAAACACAAUCAUUAAAAGAAGGAUAAUAAAAAUGAAAAUCAUAAAAUGAAAAACAAACAAAACAAAAGGAAGUAAUUGUGUGCAACGAAAACAAAAAAAAAAGAGAAACAAAAGGGAAUGAAAAUGAGAAGAACAAAUGAGAACUUGGUAACUGGAAAUGGUAACCGAAAACAA